CCGAGCCAUGCGAUUUGCCAUGUUCAGCGUCAAAUCAGAUACCUCCUGGUGGUGGUGUUGGUGGUGGAGGAGGAGGAGGAGGAGGUGGAGGUGGGGGUGGAAGCGGUGGAAGAGGAUCUUCCCCCAGUGUUUCUGGCGUUGCAGCACCAUCACCUUCCCCGUCGCAUUCACAUUCUUCCCCAUACGACUUAAGACGUAAAAGUCCACCUCAUCUGGAUCCAGCUCCCGGUACCAGUUCAGCCUUACCCCCUUCUGGUGGUAGCAGUAUCGGAGCAACUCUAGGUUCUUCCUCCUUACCAGCCAGAAAAAGACCCAGGCGGACAUGUUCAUUAUCCACAGAUGGUACAAACACAAACACUGCAGCGCAUUACCUUCAGUACGAGUUACCGGACGAAGUGCUGCUUACUAUAUUUAAUUAUCUAAUGGAACAAGAUCUGUGUAGAGUUUCUCAAGUUUGCAAACGUUUUCAAGCAAUCGCGAAUGAUACUGAAUUAUGGAAGUCCCUGUACCAACAAGUCUACGAAUACGACUUGCUACUAUUUAAUCCUGCACCAUGUAAAUUCGAGUUUGUAUCUCCGGACGAAUCAGAUUACCCGAAUCCGUGGAAGGAGAGCUUUAGACAAUUAUACAGAGGAGUACACGUCAGGCCAGGAUUUCAGGAUCUGAAGUUCCAAGGACGGAAUUUGCCAUACUUUAAUACUGUUCAGGGAGCGUUAGAUUACGUAGACGAAUAUAGAAGCAAUAGCGGUUCCUCGUCGAACAAUAGCACAAGCACAACCGGUCAAGGGAACUGCUGCGGGAGCAAUUCCCAAUCGGCGGAGGAGGCACCUCAACAUUUAGUUUUCAUACACGCUGGUAUCUACAGGGGCGAAUUUCUCGUGAUAGACAGCGAUGUUGCAUUAAUAGGAGCGGCACCCGGAAACGUGGCGGAGUCUGUUAUAUUGGAGCGAGAAAGUGAAUCUACAGUUAUGUUUGUAGAAGGAGCGAAACGAGCUUACGCCGGCUAUCUCACGUUAAAGUUUACCCCAGAUGUUACUAGUACAGUGCCGCACCAUAAACAUUACUGUUUAGAAGUCGGCGAGAACUGCAGUCCCACCGUGGAUCAUUGCAUUAUUAGGAGUUCAAGUGUCGGUAAGUCACUGUCAGGCAACGUUCAAAUUAACAACAGUACCCGAGGAAUCCCAGUCUAACGCACUCUCUCGACACAUAUUUGCUUCCUAUUACGAAUUUUCGGAAGAUCUCUCUCGAAAGUAAACGAGAGCGAAGGUAACGAAUUUCUUAAGACGAUCGGUAACUUUUCAACACUCGAUCCGUGUUCUCGUAGCUUUCUAAUUCUUUACUCCACGAGUUUCCUAACGUCUCUUUCGAACACUGCAAAACUAUUUUCCUGGUAACUUUCAAUUGCAAAUACAUA